AUGACGACUUCGCUGCUCCUGCACCCGCGCUGGCCGGAGAGCCUUAUGUACGUCUAUGAGGACAGCUCGGCAGAGAGAGGCGGAGGAGGCGGCGGCGGCGGAGGAGGAGGAGGCGGCGGAGGAGGGGGGGGAAGCUGCAGCGGAGCCAGCCCCGGCAAAGCCCCGAUCAUGGACGGACUGGGCGGCAGCUGCCCCUCCAGCCACUGCCGGGACCUGCUCACCCACCCGGUCCUGGGCCGGCCUCCGGCUCCCCUGGGCGCCCCGCAGGGCGCCGUCUACACGGACAUCCCCGCCCCGGAGGCGGCCCGCCAGUGCCCCCCGCCGCCGGCGCCCCCCACCUCGUCCAGUGCCACCCUGGGCUACGGCUACCCAUUCGGGGGCAGUUACUACGGCUGCCGCCUGUCCCACAACGUGAACUUGCAGCAGAAGCCCUGCGCCUACCACCCCGGGGACAAGUACCCCGAGCCGUCGGGGGCCUUGCCGGGUGACGACUUAUCCUCCAGGGCCAAGGAGUUCGCUUUUUACCCCAGCUUUGCCAGCUCCUACCAGGCGAUGCCCGGCUACUUGGACGUGUCCGUGGUACCGGGCAUCAGCGGGCAUCCCGAGCCCCGCCACGACGCCCUCAUCCCCGUCGAGGGCUACCAGCACUGGGCGCUCUCCAACGGCUGGGACAGUCAGGUGUACUGCUCCAAGGAGCAGUCGCAGUCAGCCCACCUCUGGAAGUCUCCUUUUCCAGACGUAGUCCCCCUGCAGCCUGAGGUCAGCAGCUAUCGAAGGGGUCGAAAGAAGCGAGUACCCUACACGAAGGUGCAGCUGAAGGAACUCGAGAAGGAGUAUGCGGCCAGCAAGUUCAUUACCAAAGAGAAGAGGCGGCGGAUCUCAGCCACCACUAACCUCUCAGAACGCCAGGUCACCAUUUGGUUCCAAAACCGUCGAGUCAAAGAGAAGAAGGUGGUCAGCAAAGCUAAGGCGCCCCAUCUCCACUCUACCUGA